AAAGGAAAUUUUGUUUUUUUAUUUUCAAAUAAAAAAAAAAAGAAAAAUCAAUUAUAAAAAAAAAGAAAUUUUUUUUUUACAUUUUUACAAAAAAAUUCUGUUCCUUAUAAAUUUAUGAUAUAAAAUUAUGGUGCGUUUGGCUAUUACGUCACCACCAGAGCAACAACAGCAACAGCCACAACAACAACAGCCAAUAAUAAAUAGCACAAAUAAUGAUACAACAUCUGCAACAACAACUGUUGAUGCAGCUGCUGUUUCGACAGCCAAUAUAACAACGACUGGUAAUACAAAUUCACAAUUAAAUACUGAAAUGUCAUCGACAGUGACAUCAGGUGUGACAACAACAGCAACUCAAAAUACUUCUACAGUUGUAGUCACAACUGGUACAACAGUUAAUACACCAAUGCCAACAACAAAUAACAAUAAUAAUAAUAACAAUAACAGUAACAGUAAUAAUAAUAAUGGCGUUGGUAAUACAUCCAAUGCCAAUAAUAAUAAUAAUAAUAAUACUAGUAAUGGUAAUAAUAUAAUAAAUAAUAGAAUUAAUAACAAUAAUCAUCAUAAUAAUACUGGUAAUAUUACGGUAGUAACACCAGAAGGUUCAUUAACACCAUCUACGCCAUCUCCACAAUUACCAAUUAUAAUAACUGCAGCACCAAUACCAGCUGCUAUAUUAGGACAUCAUCAGCAACAACAACAACAACAGCAACAAUUACAAACGAAUCCAGCAAAUCCACAAAGUGUUUUAAUUCAAACACAACAUCCAGCAGCACAUACUAUUCAAGUUAUGACAAAUCCACCGCCACAAGGUUUACCACCACAUCCUCAACCACCAUGUGCUAUACAUCAAACUCCGCAGCAACAACAACAGCAAUUAGCUGUUAUACAAGCACAUUUAGCUGCAAUGGCACAUCAACAACAGCAACAGCAACAUCAUCAUCCGCAUAUGGGUGGACCGCCACAACAACAAUCUUCACAACAGAUUGCACCGCCACCGCCACCACAUCCUCAUAUGCCACCACCAAUACAACAACAUCCGUCCCAUCAUCAUCAUCACCAUCAUCAUCAUGGUCCGCCACCACCACCACCACCACAGCAACAACCAUGUCCACAAUCACAACAACAGCCACAACAAUCACAACAAGGUGGUCAGCAUGUUUCACAGCAUGUUCAUGAAAAUGGACAUAUCGGUGGUGGUAAUAAUCCUGUAAUAAAUUCAACGAAUAUUGUUAAUAAUACAAGUGGUAAUACUAGUGGUGGUUCUAGUUCAUCACCAAUAAAUGGUCCAAAUGGUCCAAAUCAAGGUGGAGCUGCUGGUGGUAAUGCAGUUCCACAACCUCCACCACCACCUGGUGGUAUUUACAUUCCAUAUGCGGGGGAAUUUUAUCCAACUGAACAUGGAUAUUUUAUACCUCAUCAUCCACAUGAUAUUUGUCCAGCACAUCCUGCUUUAUGUUCAAUGCCGUCUGAAUAUGGUAUGUACCACAUUUUUAUAAAAAAUGAAUUCCACAAAAAAAUACUAAGGUAAUUUUUAAAAUUAAGUUUUAAAAUUUUGGUUUUCCC